UUAAACCCAAUAACCUUGCAUCCAGCGGUAGGGGAAUGAUCCGGUGGUAUUAAGAGAGAUAAAUGAAGUGGACUGAUAAGCCGAGGAGACAUGCGAGGCUUCAAUGAUGUGCGCGGCGCCUCAGUCAGCCCUUGGAUACCACAUUGCAAAGUUCUACUGGUUGGCUGACGAGUAAUUAAUUCUCACCGCAUGUAAAAGUUUUUAUUUCUCGAAUCAAAGUGAAAACCCAUUUGGUGAAUUCUCCGUGGAUAUUCAAAGUGAUUUUUAAACACAAGGUCAAGCCUUUGAAAACGUAUCGAAUCUCUUCACAUUUUACCUUGAUAUACUUGACAGAGUUUAACAAAUUGAAAUAAGUAAAUCUGUCCAGUGCGAGCGUGUUUUCCGACGUCUAUAAUGUAUCCCACGCAACGUGCGCGGCAGGUCUGUGGUGGCGUGGAACGAGUGGGAUGAUGGAGAGGUCAGGGAGUUGCAACAGCUCUUAACAAUGAUGCCACGACCUAACCUGACGUGGCCUGCCGUCGAGGGAAAAGAGCUGGAGGAUGCGUUUCCUGUAACGUGCAAUCUGACUUGUUGCCAAUACAGCGAGGACGAGAUCAUCUGUUUCAGCGAAAUCAACUACACAGACGUCAACAGCCUUAGGACAUGGCCACAGUGGGAGCUGGCCGUGAGGUGGACGUUCGCCUCGCUGGUCAUGCUCGUGGCUGUUCUCGGGAACCUGACCAUCAUCAUCAUUCUGUCCAAGAACCGUCUUCUUCUCCGCACCUCCGUCAACCACUUCAUCCUCAACAUGUCGGUGGCAGACCUGAUCCUCGCGCUGACUGGGCCCAUCCCCUUUACCAUCCGGGACACCAGCAUGUUCUGGCCUCUUGGUGAACUUUGGUGCCACUUGGAGGGAUACAUUCAGAUGCUGGUGAUGCUGGUGAGUCUCGCGUCCCUGGCCACCAUCAGCUUUGACCGUAUGAUGGGCGUCGUGCGGCCCUUCCACACGCACCUCAAGACUUGGCACUCCCUCGCCAUCAUCGUCGUCAUCUGGGGGUCCUCCGCAGUGCUGGCUCUUCCCUGGGGCCUCUACAGGGUGUUCACGGUACACAUCUGGAAGGACUGCGUGCAGACCAUUUGCGGAGAGAACGAGAAGCUGUACAUUUGGUGGAUGGUGGCGGUGGUGGGCCUGACGUGGCUGCCCCUUGCCAUCAUGCUCAUCUCGUAUUCCACUAUCCUCGUCUAUUUCCGGCACCCAAAGUUCAAGAAUCUCUCAAAACGGGAGCACCCAGUGAUGACUCACCUCAAGAAGCGCGUGGUGAAGAUGAUGUUUCUGGUGGUCGUGAUCUUCGUGGUGUGCUGGCUUCCCCUUCAGCUCCUCAAUAUCUUUUACACCAGCUUCCUAGACGAAAACGGCCAGAUCAAAGACGAGGAAACUGAAAAGUACUACAACGCGCUGGUGACAGUGUCGCAGUACAUGAUUUACGUGAACCCCGCCGCCAACCCGAUCAUCUACGGCCUUCUUCACCAAAACUUCCGACGCGCCUUCAGGCUCACCUUUCCCUGCAUCUUCACAAGAAAGUCUUCGCUGGUCCUGACCCGCGGCCAAGGUGUCACCCGGUACAUGUGGUCUGUUAAAUCGACUGGCUCGACGCCAAGCGCCGCCGUCGCCCAGCGCAGGCAAAGCGCCGAGCAGCAAGCACGGCGUUCCCCAGCUGAGCGCACCUCCGCUACUUCAGGCCGCAGAUUAGGCAGCUUCACGACACUCAAGAACAAAAGGCAAAGGCAAGGCAGCUACGCAAGCAGCAAGGGGGAGCGAAAGGCGAGGAAGUGUUGCAUUCUGAGAUUUGAGCGUCUGGGAAGCCGAAAAUCUAGGAAAGAAGAGAAACGGUCUGCUGAGGUUGACAGUGACGAAGGACUCUGCUCUGGACACCUUUCCAAUGUCAAUGAAAAAUAUGUUCGCGACUUGCCUCCAAGAAAGAUGUCCAUCGUGAGCAAGGGCACUCUGGGUCACCUUGUGUCUGAGGUCAUUGAGGAAGAGACUUCGAGUGACGCUGAGAGGGAGAGAGUGUUAUGAGAGCGAUGAGAGCCUUUAACUUUGUAAACUGAGCUAACAAGUGUGUUUUGGCUGGCCUGAACAAGACAUUUCUGCUCAAGGCGUGGGUGUAGACCUCCCAGCCAGUUCAAGUCUCGCGCUCGCGUGACGUCACAAUGCAAUGACUCUCGGAGCAAACUGUUGCUGCGACACCGUGGCCCUGCCUGUAGAUAUUCUUAUGUUUAGGGAAAAUAAUAACUGAAUAGUUUGUAAGGCACUGGUAUGUAGGCAUCAGGUACAGAAGUGGAAUGUGUGGUACAAUUUGCUGUUCGGAUUUGUGUCACAAUGUUUAGGCGAGGUUUAGGGCUUUACAUAUGCCUGAUUAUUAUCAUCUGCUACAAAACGCUUUUUUAUUAUCAUGCUUUACAAGCUAACACAAUCUUUUAGAGAAGACCAUUGUGCGACGGCGUCAUGUGAGCCCAACUCAGGGUGGCCUCAAGACUCGUCUGCAUAGGCUGUCCUCCUCUCGUGUUCAUGUGUCUUGAGUAAGUCUCUCAUAUAUUCGUAUUUGAAAUGAAACAAAAAAGCAGUAAAAAAAUAAAGAUGGAACAACAAACGAAUCUUAAUUAAGUAUGGUAUAUUAUAUCGUUUUGGGUCUCACUAUAGCAGCAAUGUCUCCAUGCGUAUAGUGAAUCCAUAUUUACAAUGUGCUACGACCUAAACUAAAUGUAGGUUUUGUUGUCCAUAAACAGUCGAUGUGGAAGGAAAUAUCGUUUCUCCAGAAGUUUGUGACAACAUUACAAUUAGAGUGAAAAAAAAAAAACUGAAAAGAAAAAGAAAAAGAGAACAAUAGUCUAUUUAGGAAUGAGGAUAUAAAACAUU